AUGCCUGUCGUUGUCCAGUCCACCGUUGACCUGCUGGAGACGGAACUGGCGAAAGCCAGAACCACUCUCGAGGAGAUCCAGCCCAAUGCCGCUACUGUGAUGGCGCUCGGCGAAGACGUCACUGCUGGCGCCAUGGCAGCAUACAAGAAAAAUCUUAUCCGAUAUAACCAUGACUUCUUUUACAGCCACCGCCGUCUUACUCCCAAGGACUUGGGUUUGGUGACGGUACACCAAGUCAAUGACACUCAGGAUGACGGUCCAAUUUCUCCGCAGGAAGAGAAAAUCGAAUUGUCGCCCAAGCCUCCGUCCUUGGUCGAUGUCUUGUCUAACAGUCUCAUCCUGGACCACAUGGCCCCCCUUCUACCUAUCUCUUCCCUCAUGUCUCUGGCGGCAACAUCGCGCACGAUGCGCUCCAUUAUCAUGGAGACCCCUUACGUAUUCCGGCACCUCGACUUGACCACGUGUCGUGGUGCCAUGGUACCCAAGAUCGCGCCAAUCGACGUUGGCGGCGAGACUUGGAGGGGUGAACGGAUGGAUGAGUCGCUGACUGAAGACGAUUUCUACGCCGGCCCUCUGCGAGGAAUUUUUACCAACCUAGAGCGGAGAUCCAUUCUUGGAUCUGUUCGGACCUUGGUUCUGGACGGCUUGUCAGUCCCAGCCGACUUGGUUGCCGACAUCAUCCUCACUGAUCGUUUCAAUGUCAACAUUCUGUCAAUCCGUGAAUGCCUGCAUAUGAAUGAGCGCAAACUCAUGCAAGUCCUUCAGUACGCCGUUCGUCCGGACCGUCCCAAGGGCACACCGAAGGUGAAGGGUAUUUACCACUUCACUCCCAGAAAAUCAAACAAGAACUCAUCGCGCAGCCGCUAUAUGGCCUCUCGCAGGGAAUGGUGGAAGUCCCAGCUUGCCAGCAUGUCCCGUUCCCAGGCUAGCACCAACCAGGAUUCCGACUCGGUCUCUGCCUCUUCAAAAAGGGACACGGACCAUCUGAACGAGUGGUACAAACCCUCUGGCAGGAUUUUGCGAGGCACCAUCGAAGAUGGCUGGGCACAAACUAUUCAGAAGUGCGAAGGUAUUAUCGCGUUCGACGCAGUUCUAUGCCGCGGUCCUCGGCAUAACGUCGAUUUAUAUUCGUCGAGUAACAAUAGCCAACCUCGACCAGAUGGUGGACUACUCCGACCCGCCAUCGCCACAGUUGCUCUUGGACCUUGUGGCUGUGAUGGUUGUCAUACCUCGCCAGAAGGACCAGCAAUCUGGGGCGAGUCGCCAGACGAGCACUUUCCCCUCCUCUGUCCUCCCCCUCUACAUUCGUCCAAGGUCGUUGAUGCCAAGCGCCCGGUACCGGAAGCCCCCACCAGACGGCCGUCAGGAGUCGAAGUCCAGGCCAAUCACCGGAACGCAAGAAGCUGGGCCCCGGUGUCAGCAGGGAUUGCUGGGAAUGCGGACCAACAUGCGCAAGCUGCAAAUUGGAAUGCCAGCGCUACUGCGAGAGCUGCCCUGGUGAAUAUUGUAUCGAGCACAAUGAUGGCUGUUCUUCAACGAAGUGUGAUUGGUGCAAUACCAGUUCACGCCGCUUGGGAAGAGACUUAUAUUGAAGAUUUGGAUUUGGAAGGAAGGAUCAUACACCACUUAAUGAAAUGUGUUUUAAUCCACUCUUCCCUCUCUUCUGUGCGAUGUGGCGGUAGAACGCUAUGGGAAGGUUUUGCCGCUGGAAAAAACCGAAUUCAAAUGGCUAUUGCAGCUUAUAAAAAUCAAAAAGUCAAAUCAAUACUGAAGGCUGCAGAGAUUUUUGGGGUGCCUGAGGCUACCCUUCGCGCUCGCCUUAAAGGAAGACAACCACGCGCAGAAACACGUGCUAAUGGCCAUAGAUUAAAGGCUAUUGAAGAGGAAACACUUAUUCAGCGAUUACUAGAGGCAGAUAAACGAGGUUUUCCAAUUCGGCCAGAGUUUCUGCGUUCAAUGGCACAAAUAUUACUCCGUGAGCGUCUACAGGAUCCUACUGCAGUCCUUGGCAUCAACUGGGCUUAUAAAUUUGUCAAGCGCCAUCCUGAGCUGCGUACAAGAUAUAAUCGAAGGAUUACAUACCAGCGUGCAAAGCAGGAGGAUCCAAGAGUUAUAAUACCAUGGUUUCAAGCUGUACAUGCAGCUAUUCAGGAACAUGGCAUACAUGAAGAUGACAUCUGGAUUUUGAUGAAACUGGCUUUGCAAUGGGGCUCUGCUCAACCUCCAAGGUUAUUACUGCAGCAGAACGCAGUGAAAGGCCUCGUACAGUCAUCCAGGGAAACCGUGAAUGGGUUACAAUCAUUGAGACUCGAGAAUGGCUGGACAACAGAUGAAAUAGGCCUUCGCUGGUUGAAAGAGGUGUUUGAACCAUAUUCCAGACGCUAUACAACUGGUGCAAAGCGGUUGCUUAUUCUUGAUGGCCAUAGUAGCCAUUUAACUGCAGAGUUUGAUACUUUCUGCAAGGAGAAUGCAAUUGUCUGUCUUUGCAUGCCUGCACAUGCCUCUCAUCUCCUGCAACCACUUGAUGUUGGUGUUUUUGGCCCGCUUAAGCGCGCGUACGGAAAACUGCUUGAAAAGAGAAUGAUUGCUGGCAACAACCAUAUUGACAAGGAAGACUUUCUAUCCCUAUAUCCAUCUGCUCGUGCAGAAGUGUUUACUCCAGACAAUAUAUGCAAAGGCUUUGCAGGAGCUGGACUUAAGCCACUUGAUAAAGAGCGGGUUCUUGCAAAGAUUACCUUUCAGCUUCGUACGCCAACACCACCAGCUUCAGUUGAAAGUUCAGUCUCCUCUGCUUUUCAAACUCCUCAGAAUCCUCACCAGCUGGAUCACAAGGUUCGCAGCUUGCAAAAAGCCUUAGUGCAAGAAAGCAAAGCUUUCUAG